AUGACUUUCUACAUAGACAAAUAUAAUAUAUUUAAUUCUAUUAAUAAUGUGUAUGAAGAUGAAAUUGCUCUUGGGGUUUCUUAUUUGAAUUUGGGUCUUUAUGUUGAUUCACUUGAACAAUUUAGUUGUAUUUUAGAAAUCAAUUCUAACAAUAUGAUCGCAUUACGGUACGAAGAAACUAUCCAAUUUUUAAAUAAAGGUUUAGAAAUUAACCCUCAAAAUAAAACUAUAUUAACACUUCGCGCAGGUGCCUAUUUUUAUCUGGAUCAGUAUAAUAAUGCAAUCAGAGAUUUAAAUAAGAGUUUGGAAAAGGAACAUAAUAAUGCUACUGCACUUUUUUUACGUGGACAAAUUUAUUACUGCCUCAAUCAUUUUCAUGAAGCAUUUUUAGAUUUUUACGAUGCAUUAAAAUUUGAGCCAGAUAAUACAGAUAUGUUAGUUCUCCGUGGAGAAGCUUAUUUAAGCUUGGAACAUUAUUAUAAUGCAUUUUUAGACUUUGAAAAAGCACUAGAAAUUUUACCAGAAAAUGUAUUUGCAUUAUUUUAUAGUGGUAAAAUCUAUUUUGAACAAGAACAGUACGGUAGGGUUCUCUCUUAUUCUAGUGAAGCAUUGAAAAUUGAACCAGGUUUUGUGCCUAUAUUAAUUCUUCGUGGUUCAGCUUACUACUGUUUAAAAAAAUAUAAAGAAGCACUUGAAGACUUCAGUAAAGCGCUUAAAGUUGAACCUAAUAAUGAAGCUGUUUUAAAAUAUGUCAAAGACGCAUAUAAUGGAUUCAACUUUACAUCAAUGAAAAAUACC